CUGGCGUCGGGACUGCGCAUUGCAGUAGUCGAAGUUGUUGUGAAAGAGAGUAGCCGGUCACGUAACGGAGAGGACAUGAUUGUUUUGACGUUUCUUUUAAUUUCCACAGCUGCAGCUUCCCCUCUGUUGGGGAAGGAGCAGUGUGCCAAGGGCCCCCCCUACUGGUGCCAAAAUGUCAAGACGGCCUCUACCUGUGGCGCUGUGACCCACUGCCAGCAGAACGUCUGGAACAAACCCACUGCUAAAACUGUGCCAUGCGACUUGUGCAAGGAAGUCCUCACGGUGGUGGGCAGCCUGUUGAAGGACAACGCCACUGAGGCUGAAAUCCUGGGUUAUCUGGAGAAGGCAUGCCAGCUGAUCCCAGAUGCUGGCUUGUCCUCGGAGUGCAAGGAGAUGGUGGACAACUAUUACCCCGUCCUGAUGGGCAUCCUCACGGGCGAGCUGGAGGACCCCAACGCGGUGUGCUGUGCCAUGGGGCUGUGCAGGUCACUGCAGAAGGAGAUGGCUGAGGCUCAGAUCCUUUCCAAUGAGAUCCCUCAAGUUGACCUUGCUCAGCGAUUGUCCCCAUUCAUCGCUAAUGUGCCCCAGCUGCUGUACCCUCAGUCGACCCCCAAGGAGACUCCCAAGCCGGAAAAUGGUGAUGUUUGCAAGGACUGUGUGACAUUCAUAAAGGAUGCCCAGGACCAAGCCAAGUCCAACACCUCUUUUGUCAGUGCCCUCAUCAGCCAGAUCGAGACUCAGUGUGACCUCCUGGGGCCAGGCAUUUCUGACAUGUGUAAGCAGUACGUUGGACAGUAUGGUCCUCUCGUCAUCCAGCAGCUUAUGUCCAUGGAACAGGCUCCAGAAGACAUCUGCAGCCGGGCUGGGUUCUGCUCUGUUCAUCACUCUGUUCCCAUGGAGACCUUGGUAGCAGCUAAGCUCUUCCCAGCCAAGGUAGUGAAGCCUGCUGAGCUCAAGCCUGCCAAGAAGCUGGUGAAAGUUGGUGAACCCCCACAGUGCACAGUGUGCGAGUUGGUAUUGAAGGAGAUUGAGAGUAUCCUGGAAGGAAAGACUUCUGAGGAGGCAGUGGUGCAUGCAGUGGAGAAGGUGUGCUCCCUGCUGCCGAGUGCCCUUUCUGCUCAGUGUCGUGACCUGAUUGAGGUCUAUGGCAAGGCUGUGAUCGAGCUGCUGGUGCAGGAGGCUGACCCCAAGACUGUGUGCACCCUGCUGGGGUUGUGCCGUGGCCGUCCCUAUAUCCCAGUGAUGGACAAGGCUCAUUUCCAGUUAGGUGGGUUCUGUGACGUGUGCAAGAUGGCAGUGCGCUAUAUUGAUGGUAUUCUGGAGCAGAAUGCCACAGAGGCCCAGAUUGAGGAAGCAGUGAGGAAAGUGUGUAACUUCUUGCCUGAAACAGUGAGGGACGAGUGUGACCAGCUGGUGCAGCAGUACGAGCCCCUCCUUGUGCAGUUGCUCCUGCAGAUGCUGGACCCAGACUUUGUGUGCACGAAAGUUGGUGCCUGUCCUGAUGCUCUGAAGUCACUGCUAGGAACAGAGGAGUGCAGCUGGGGGCCAUCCUACUGGUGCAAGAACAUGGACACUGCAUCUCGUUGUGAUGCUGUUGAGCACUGCAGACGACAUGUGUGGAACUAGAGGAAGAGGAGCAGCAAGGACGACAAUCUUACCUGGGAAAAAUGAAAGAUAAUGUAGAACUGCUUUGUAACUUUAAAUUCGGUCAUUUUUUUUAGACUUAAAAUAACUGCAUUGGGUUAAAUGUUUCUUAUCCUUUGAUAAGCCUGUGUAUUGGGGUGGUGUGGGGUUAUUUUAUAUAAAAACCUGUGAGUAAGGAUGCCAUGUACUGUGCAUAGGCUGUUUUUUUUUAAAUAUGAACAGGGGAAGACUAGGUCAGUGAGCUUUUUUGUACACAAAUCGCUGUGUUGGUGGCAGUUCAUAUUGGAGACAAAGGGAGUCUUCUGGGCUGAAUCAGAUGUGUGUGCUGGGGGGUGGCACUUGGUGACAGAACCUAAAUUGUUCCCCAGGGAGAUUGAAUAUUCAACUCUAAGUGCUCUAAAGUAAUGCUUAAUAAGUGCUUCCCCUUCUCUUCGGAUACAGGGAUGUAAAUAAUUUUUACAGAAAUUCUCGGUUUGAAGACACUGACACUUCAGUUUAAAUUGCGAUUUGAGGUUUUAUGAAUCCAGUGCCUUGAGGGGGGAAUGAGGAUAAACUUUAGCCAUCUGGUCUGUACUAGCAGGAGAGUAUAGGUUUGUGAUGGGUCACCCUGGUCCUGGAACACUAUAGUUCUGCAUGUUUCCUGGCCUUUUUAAAAUUGGAAACUAAAAUUGCUCAGUGUGUUCAGCUGAUUAAGCUGAGCUGUUAAACUGAAAUUCAAGGACCAGGGUUCCUCAUCACUGGGAGAUGAUGAACCAAUAACCUUUGUGUGGUGGACCACACUUCCUUUUGUAUCGGCUGGCUUGAAUUGGGCUUUCAUAGAUGAUCCCAGCAUUUAGGCAACUGUUACUGGACUUCCAAACGCCCUGCUGACUUGCAUCAUGGCAAUGGGUGGGCCCACAGGUUUUUGGCCAGUUUAAGUGAAGUAAGUUUUUUUUCUUCUAAAAAACUUAAACUUGAAAGAGAUUGCUUCUAACAUGAGCUUGGUGUAUUUUGUAGAACUGCUAGAUUUGUUGUAAAUGAGCCUGAGACCAUGUCACCUGUGACAUGAGAAAGGAAUAGCGUGACUUGUCUGUCAUGCUGUCUGCUUUUCUUUCCUGCAGUCUGAGACUACUUGCAUUUAGCAAAUUUUGUUAACUUGUCAUUGUGCACAAUCAACCCAUCUUCAAUAUUGAGCAAAUAUGGAUGUUGCAAAUGGAUCGAAUUGAUUUUAACAAAGUUUAAAUAAACAUUCUAAAUCCA